AUGGCUGAAGCGUCCUCGCAAGUGCAACAGAACUAUGACCAUGACUGCGAGGACGCUGUCAACACCCAUAUCCAGCAGCAGCUCCAAGCCUCCUUCGUGUACUUGUCUAUGGCCUCCUGCUUUGACGGUGAUGACGUGGCCCUGGAGAACUUAAAGCGUUUCUUCCUGAGCAAGUCACAGAAAUGCAAGGCCAGUGCCGAGAUGUUCAUGUUCCUGCAGAAUAAGUGUGGAGGCAGCAUCGUCCUUCAUGACAUCCCAAGACCGGACCGCGACAGUUGGCAUGGGGGCAUCCACGCCAUGGAGUGUGCCCUCCACAUGGAGAUGACCAUCAACCAGAGCCUGCUGAACCUGCAUGAAUUGGCCAAGGGAAAAGGCAGCACCUACCUCUGCGACUUCCUAGAGAAUCACUGUCUGGGUGAGCAGGUCCAAGUUCUGAAGGAGCUGAGCAGCAGUCUGAGCAAUCUGCGCCAGAUGGAGGAUCCAGAGAACGGCUUGGCUGAAUACCUCUUGGACAAGCUCAGCCUGUCCUAA